AUGGCGCUUUCCUUGCGAUGCUUGACGCAGGCUUCCAAGGCAGUGGCACAGGUGGUCUCGCCAGUUUCGCCAAGGUCUUUGCAGGUGCCAAAGACUCCCAAAACUCCCAAAACGCCAAGGACCCCGAAUACACCAAUGACGCCACAGAGGCCCGUGCCCUUUGGGCUGCCCGACGAGGCGAUGAAGCGUGCACCAAAGGUCCCCAGUGUACGUACUGUGCACUUCGAUGAAGUGACCCUUUGCUUGGAUGGAGAAAAGGGUUCGGAAGCUGUCCAGCUUCCACUCAGCAAGGCUUGCGCAGGCGAAAGUCCCAACACCUGUGUGCCAACACCUUCGCUGGCUGAGUUUAGGACAAACCUUCCGGUGUUGUUGGGGCGGCUACGGGCGCAGGAGGGCCAGUCGCAGCAAGGCGAUGAGAAUGGCUCGGCCGAGAGCAGCGCGUUGGCUGCCCAACGUGCUUUCCUCGCCCGACAGUCACGUCGUCAAAGCAGAACCCAGUGUCAGUUCGUAAUCUGA